AUGCAGAGAAUGAAGGCAAUGAAAGAGGAUAGAUGGAAAGAUAUGUUGGAUGUCCCUGCUUGCCAUUGGAGCAGAUCUCACUUUAGAACAUAUUCAAUGUGUGACUUACAAGUGAACAACAUAUGUGAAACAUUCAAUAGGGCAAUAUUAGAGCACAUGGAGAAGCCUAAUAUCACACUAUUAGAAGGCAUCAAACAUUACAUCACCAAGAGGAUGACAAGUCAGAAAAAGUUGCUACAUAACUAG